CAUUCAAUAUCCAAAAUCAGCCAUUUCCCUUCGCAGACCCCAAACAGUACAGAGCGAUUUGCAGUUCAUUUUCCACAUACAUUAUUUUUUGGAUUAUUUCCAUCAUCAUCAUCAUCCAUCUUCAGACAUAUCUGCAACUCAACUGAACAAAAAUGGCGUCCACUGCAUGCUUCUUGCACCACCAUGCACUUUCUACUCCUAAUAGAUUGUCUUCAUUGUCCCAGCAGCGUCAAGUACCUAGCACCACCAAGCCCACCACCCAUUUUGUCUGCCGUGCCACCCACAAGCAGACUCCGAUGGAAGAGGAUGCUGCCGUUGUCUCCAGAAGAUUGGCUUUCACAGUACUCAUCGGUGCUGCUGCCAUUGGCUCCAAGGUUGCUCCUGCAGAUGCUGCCUAUGGUGAAGCUGCCAAUGUGUUCGGCAAGCCUAAAACAAACACAGACUUCUUGCCAUACAAUGGAGAUGGAUUCAAACUGUCAAUUCCAUCAAAAUGGAACCCAAGCAAAGAGAAAGAGUUUCCAGGUCAGGUUCUUAGAUACGAGGACAACUUUGAUUCCAACAGUAAUGUUUCUGUCAUGGUCACCACAACUGAUAAGAAUUCCAUUACUGAUUAUGGUUCCCCCGAGGAAUUUCUUGCCAAGGUGGAUUAUUUACUAGGAAAACAAGCUUACUUUGGCAAAACAGAUUCUGAGGGAGGUUUUGAUCCGAAUGCAGUGGCAACAGCCAACAUAUUGGAGGCUGCAAACUCAACGAUAAAUGGGAAGAACUAUUACUUUUUGUCAGUGUUAACAAGAACAGCUGACGGAGACGAAGGUGGGAAGCAUCAACUGAUCACAGCAGCUGUGAAAGAUGGGAAGCUUUAUAUCUGCAAAGCACAAGCUGGAGAUAAGAGGUGGUUCAAAGGAGCAAGAAGAUUUGUAGAGAGCGCAGCUAGUUCCUUCAGUGUUGCUUAACCAAGAAAUUUGCAUCUAAAACAACUAUUAAUCAUUGUAUGGUGUUUGUCAUUGAGUUGUCUGUCUAGCCCUUGUUAAUUUUUGCGAUGUUUCAGAGCUAGAGAGUUGGGCAUGGAGGGAGAAUAACUGUGGAUAUUGUAAUAUUCCUUCUCUCUUCUUGUUUCCAAGAAAAUACCAUGCUGGGAAAUGAAAAUUUAUUGCA